GACAGGUUGACAACUAAUACAUACAUGGCCGCGACUAGUAUCAACACGUACAACAUUCCCCCUGCUACAGCUAUGAAGUUUUGUUUGAACUUAGUGUUGAAAAAGCCACGAGGUCACCAGCCCAGGAGGACCACACUAGACGAUAUAACACUAGACAUGUGAAGACGAGAUAGAGAAUCACUUUCCCCCCAUUUUUCCUUUGAUAGACAGCAAAUCGCUGACUGCAUGAGCAAGUCCACCUCUCCGACCCCGCCGGACAAAACGGCUUUGAUGCGUGCGGUAAUGGCGCAGGGAGGGCAAAUUCGUUGCUUCCGCUGCCAAGAGGUGUUGACGCCGGAGAGCGAUUUUCUGAUCCACGAGGACGGGCACCACUUCCACCGCAACUGCUUCCGCUGCGUCGACUGCGGUCAGAUCAUCACCAGUGCACACCACGUGGCCACACCCGACGGGCGACUGCACUGCGCGGCCUGCUCACUGCCCCACUGUGACCGGUGCGGGGAGUACAUCACGGGCGCUAUGAUCAUCUCGCCGCUGGACAGCGAUCCGAAUGUCGAGGCCCAUUUCCACCCCCAGUGCUUCCUGUGCGUCACUUGCGGGAAAGUAAUUGAGGGCCCCUGCUACCACGACGGCAACGACGGCCACCGCUGCGAAAAGUGCGAAAUGAGCCAUCGGGAAGAAGUAGCGACACCUCCGGAGCAGGGCACAUACGAGUUGGGUGGCCCGGAGCCUGAAUCAUUUCCAGUUCCUAUUCCCGUGCCGAAAGGAUCGAAAACAAAUAUCAGCGCGAGAACGAUGUUGAGCACUAGCUCGGCUGAGGUAGAAGCAGGUUCCACCACGAAGAGAGACAGCAGUCGGCUCUUUGGCACCGGGGUUGGAGAAGUUACUGAAGAAAACCUAUUUGAUCUCGAUCGAGGGUUGCUAACUGGUUCUUCCGGCGGCGAAGAACCUACUACCAGUACUACAGAGAAAAGCAGUAAGAAAAAGAAACCUUUCGUGCAGCCUCCGGUCCCGAAACCGUCGGCAAAUAGGUACAAUGAAAAUAAGACGCCGGCGCCUCUACCAAUAGGAAAUCUCAGACCAGGGGAGAAGCAUCCGACCUCAGCACUCUACACGGAUUUGGUGCACAAAAAGGCAGAGAAGGUGGUCCCGCACUUUACCACGCCGGACCAUCCGGCGCUGGACAUCCCGGUUUUUGUCUUCACAGAUAUGGACAAGUAUAGUCCAGAGGACAGCGCGACAGCAGGAACGGCCCGUGCUGCUGCUGCACAACCGGUUCAACAACCCUCUAGAAGUGAAUUGCCGCUUCCUGCGUUCACAACUGCGUCGGGAAUGGACGUUACCUUUGCCCCGAGUGGCCCCAUUCUGCAACAGCAGCGCCCAGUUGAUGUUGUCCAGAGUGGGCUCGAGAAUUCGGUGGCUGCAACGACUACCUCUACGGGUACGACGAGCAAGCGCAAGUCCGUUGCCUGGGAGACCGCGGAGCACCAGCCCACGGCACUGACCACCCUCCGCCCGAUGCAUGCGUUCACAGACUUGCAGCUGCAGCCGAAGAAGGUGGUGCGCGACAGCAGUGCGGCAAUCAUCGACGCGUUUUUGCUCGGGCACAAAGCCCCGUACGUUGAGCUCCCCGAGUCGAUAGCGAAUAGUCCCAGGUUAUCCACCUCCGGCGGUUCGUCGCCACGCACCAUAGACCGAAUGCCGGACCCGCCGGUCGUCGCCCACAACCCGGGUUCGGCGUUGGAUUUGGAUCAGGCCUACCGACAGGUCUUUGGCGCCGACGCCGGGGUAUCCGCGUCCAGACACAGCGAGUUUGGAACGGCCGUACCCCCCUCUUGGGAGGCAGCGAAGGACCUCCACCCUCGCGGAAGUAGAAAUAGGACAUCAACCGCGGUAGACGCCCGCUUUGCACCCGUUUUCGCCGCCGCUCAGGAGUACCCUGGUCGGCGCUUGUCGGGAGAGGUGAAGGACCCGCGACUGCUCGCGGGGGAGCUGAUCUACCGCGAGCAGCAGUACAACGAGCGCGUGCCGAGCCGAGAGCCGCGCUCGUGGGACCAGCAAAUGAACCGCGGUUCUUACACCGGCUACCAGCCGGUCUUCCCGACGCAGAGAACACAGACAAACGCGACACAAACGCCGAACUUUGUUAGCGCUAUUAACACGGCAACGCAGACUCAGCAGCUGCCUGCGAAUAAUGGCUCGCGGAGCGGCAGUCCAAGCAACCAAUUCGCAGGCGACCCGCGGGACUUCCCGGCUGGCCUGCUGAAAUACAACGUAAACAAGUUCACAGACCAGUCGGAACUACAACAGCAACUUUUCACGCCCCGAGUUUUGAACUACCAGGCACCGACGUUGCGCACCCCCCGAUCCUCGUUCUUGAACAACAACGGGGACAACGAAGUUCAGCACCACGAACUCAUCACGAACAGUGCGAUGAGCAAGAAGCAGGAACGACCACUCUUCUUCCGCCAGAUGUUCAGCGGAGGCCUGUUUUCCACCUUCAGUCCGGCGCAGACGCGGUCAAAUUCGCCCAACUCGCCCGAAGAGGUGAAGCGGCAGCUGCGCGGUCCGCGGGAAUUCGCCGCUGUCGGGCAGCAGCUGCACAAGGACGUGGAAAGCAUUUUCCGAAGAAAAGUGCCACACCCGGAGCAACAGCUCGAGCAGCUCCAGAACCGCGCGACGGAAAUGAAAAACCAAUUGCUGUUCGAAGUGGUGCAUCAGGCGAAGCGGUCGGAGAAUUUCCAGGCUUCGGAUAAGGUAGUGAGUGGCGUAGUUUUCGUUUUUGCCAGUAGGUUGGACAGACUGUUUUUAGUUUUUGGGUCAUUCGAAUUCUUGUUUUCUGCAUUAUGUAUUGGGUAAGUAUAAACAUGCACAUUCAGAUUCCGACGAUUUAUUCAACGUGCAUUUCCUAGUUGUCUUACUAUCGCAAUUCAACAUCUCCAGGUUCUUUCCCGUUUCUCCAUCCGUUCCUCGUCCAAUGGUAUGCGGCGUUCCCGUGGGGCAACGGAUGGUAAGGCAGUCGACACGGACUCGGCGCUGGGUAUUAGCUCCCAAAAGUACCCCUUCUUCGCCUUCAACGCGUCGGGUCCCGCGCGGGAGGCAGGGAUGAUUCCGGAUACCGCCUACUACGAAGUCUCGUCGGACGUCGCCGUUUCCGAAUCCCUGCACGGAGAUGUCAGUCACGCGGAGAGCGAAAAUGCGGGCCAGCGGGCCGCGAGCGCCACACCGCUGCUGCGGUUCCGCGAAGGGGCUGGCCCGAUGUUGGCACUUGACAAACGCAUCCGCGUCACCGUGCCGAAAUUGAAGGUGCAACAUCCACCGCCAGCGUUCAAAGACACGCCCCUUGUACCGACGCCGCGCGGUGGCGCGGCUUCCGUGCCGCUGCCUCGUACUGCAUUCCCGCCUGCACCGCAAAAGCCAAGCGACAUGAAUUUGCUGGACGAGGUAGAAUUAUCAGAGAGCGAGCAGCAGCCAAGUAGAAUAAACACUAGCAGUGUCGCGUCUUCUAAAAAAACGGCGGGUGCUGGUACAACAACCAGUGCGCUGAAUAGGAAAAUCAAAGGCAACAACGCCCCGCUUUUGCGGAACAUUCCACCUGUGCAACUGCAGAUUCCCGGUGUAGAGCGGGGGCGCGCGAACAUUCCGGCCUACCAAUUUGCGUCCUCCGGCGAAACGAACCAAACGAGCAACCAGCUGCAGCGGCUAUCCGAGUUUGGAACGUUUGUCGCCGACCUGGCCGUGACUUCGGGGACGCAGCUGACCGAGAUCGGAUCCAGCACGAUAUCGAACCUUGGCCCUGUUCUAACCGACAUUGGGCCGACGAUGGAGAAGGCGGCCAACAACAUCGGCCCUGCGGUCGAAAAGGCGGCCGAGGUGCUGCCAACGCUGCUGGGAAAGGCAGACGCCGCACUGGUAACCAUCGGGAGUGCGGCGCAGCAGGUGGUGGCCGCGUUGCCGGCGAGCGAGGAGGUUGAGAAGGCCAUAGACCAAACGUUAGCCCUGGACGCUGCGCUGGGCUGCGAGAAUAACGACAAGGUGGAGUCGGAGCCGGAAGUCGCCCUGCACCGGGAGGACUCGGUAGAGCACUUGUUUUUCCGCAUAGACCACAGCCACGAGCACGGUUCGGGCGGGAGCUACCACCCGGAAGUGCACCGGAAGAGCGGGAUGUCGGAGAUGGCGGACGCGUUGGAAAGCAGACGCAAGAGGAAACAAGAACGGAAAGCAGAAGAAGAAAAAUCCACGGGAAUCAAGACCGUGGGCGCCCCGAGCCCAGCGAAACCGCCCGUGCCAGGGUCGGUGCAGAAAACCAGUUUUACCCUGUAAAUGGUCUUCUGAAAUUGUUGUAGAUAACUCUCUGCUCAUUAAGACAGCAUCGACUUUCGAAAAAGUUUGACCACAUGUGUUUGAGAAGUUGCUAUCACGAUCGUGUUCCCAUUGAUGUGGGAUGAAAUUCUGAUGCUGUUAAUAUCCCCAAAGAACAACAGUAAGACACGAAAGUGAAUCUUACUCUUAGCUACCCCGCGCUUCCUUUAGUUUCUACCUUUUCCUGACUC